AUGCAUUUCCCCACAAUACUUGCCAGCUUUGGCCUUCUCGCUAGCCUAGUAUUAGCAGCCCCUUACAAAGCCUUACCCCGCCAAGCUCCAGGCGCUCAGAACGUCGUCUACUGGGGCCAAAACGGUGGCGGGACCAUCGAGAACAACGACCUAUCCACCUACUGUACAUCCACCGCUGGCAUCGAUAUCAUAGUCAUAUCAUUCUUAUACGAAUUUGGGAACGGCAACAACAUUGCAUCCGGCACGAUCGGACAGUCCUGUUUCAUCACCAGUGCCGGAGUAGGCCAACAGUGUGACGCUCUCACCUCAGCAAUCCAGACGUGCCAGAGCAACGGCGUGAAAAUCAUCUUAUCCCUCGGUGGCGCGAGUAGUUCGUGGUCAUUGUCGUCCCAAGACGAGGCUGAGACCAUCGGCCAAAACCUAUGGGAUGCGUAUGGUAAUGUGGGUGCCGGUAGCGUGCCCAGACCCUUCAACAGCACCUUUGUCAACGGCUGGGAUUUCGAUCUCGAGAGCAACUCAGGCAACGAGUACUUCCAGUACAUGAUCGCCAAGCUACGCUCCAACUUUGCUUCCGAUUCGGCCAAUACUUACUACAUCACCGGCGCACCGCAGUGUCCUAUCCCCGAGCCUAAUAUGGGGGUGGUGAUUAGCAAUUCCCAGUUCGAUUAUCUCUGGGUUCAGUUUUACAACAACAAUGAUUAUGCUCCUGACCCAUGCUCGCUUGGAUUCAACGGUAACGCGCCAUUCAAUUAUAACGACUGGGUGACUUUCAUCGCCGAUACGCCCUCAGCGGACGCAAAGGUGUUUAUCGGUGUCCCUGCUGCUCCGCUAGCCGCUAACGGUUCGCCGAGCGGCGAGAUAUACUACGCUACGCCAGACCAGGUCUCCAGUCUCGUGGCUGAGUAUAAGAGCAAUUCGCAUUUCGGCGGCGUCAUGAUGUGGAGCGCUGGAUUUUCAGACACAAAUGUUAACAACGGCUGUACUUUUGCUCAGGAUGUGCAUAGUAUCUUGUCGACUGGCUCGCCCUGCGGGGGCGGUAGUGCAUCGAGUACCACGACGAUAACAAGUCAGACUUCGUCUACCUCGACUGCGACAUCGUCGACGUCUGCGGCUACAGGGACACCGGUGCCGGAGUGGGAUCAGUGUGGUGGUUCAGGCUAUACUGGCUCAACCGUCUGCGCUACUCCAUAUUCUUGCGUUGCCAUCUCGACCUCUUGGUCGCAAUGCGAAUAA